CAAAUUCUUCUUUUUUUUCCUCCUUUUUGCAUGGGGGAUGGAUUGUAUCGAGUCCCUACUUUUCUUUGCAACCUAUUGCAGACCGUUUUGUUUCCUGGCUAUCUUAUCCGUUCCAGGAUUCGCGAGGGGUAGGCAUGUUUGUUCAACGAACCCCUGUCUACAUUUUCAGUGACGAGCUUCACACUCACUGUUCGACAACGGAACUUCCGAUGCUUCUUCACGUAGCUCGUUUGAGCGGCUCGCAAAAGAUCUCAGCGGGCAUUGAAGUGGCCGUCGUCGCCUCUACAUUUCUUUAUUGCUUACCCAGCAAUACUCCCGACAGUCUGCCUAGAACAAGAGCGUAAAUUAGGCAGUCGUCCAGUCCCAGCCGGUGAGGCCUCCACUCUACUUGUGCUUCUUCAGGUAGAUGCCGUUCGAACGAGCUUUGGCAGUCUACAUGAUCGAGGGUUCAGUCAGGUCAGCCGGCUGAAGGCAGGAGGCAGGAGGCAGCUUCCUUUUCCACUUUGGUAGUAGAGAAAGCCCAGGGCGCUCGUUUUACUGUAGAUGGUGUCCGGGCAAAAGGUGCAAUUGGCCCAUGGCCAACCCCGCGCAGGCGAAAGGAUUGCCAAAGUGCACCACCCACACGCUCAAGGAGGUAGCCCUUGCGAGCCCCUGCUCACCACCCGCCCGCAGCUCGCACACAUCUAUCUAAUCUACUCGGUGGACACGGUCCCGGCCUGCCCGGAUCGAGGGCCACCUAGCCCAGCCUAGGUCAGGCUGCACGGGAAACGGAUGUCGAUGAUGCUUAAGAAUGCCAUGGCCCGCGUCGCACAUACUCCAGACCUAAGACCCGCUCCACGUCUUGUCUUCCCCAUAUGUCCUUACGACUGCCGCCCUUUGCCAUCAACACCACCAUGACUUUGCUGCGCAGAUUCAGCCACAAGCCCCUUCUCGAUGGUUACCACGUUAACAACUACGUCGAGACCCUCGAAGCUCUGCCCAAAAUCACCGGCCUGAAUGCCAUCCGACUGCUGACCCUCCACCCCGGCGCCCCGCAGGACCCACUGGUCGGCACCUUGAGCCGCCACUUUAUCGACGACUGCCCCCCUUACGAAGCCCUCUCGUACACCUGGAAAGCUGCCGUCUUCACCCGGCCGGUCGAGAUCAACAAUGCCGAGUUCCUGGUCACCGAAAAUGUCGAAAAGGCGCUCACGCAUCUGCGCUACGAGGACAAGCCCAGGACCCUCUGGCUCGACUCCAUCUGCAUCGACCAGCGCAAUGUGAUUGAGAAGAACCACCAGGUUCGCCUCAUGAACAGGAUCUACGCGCGGUCCAAGGGGGUGGUCUGCUGGGCUGGCCUCGAGGUGGAGGACGAGGAUGACCUGAAGGACGGCGAAACCAUGGACAUUCCUGCGGCGUUCGACCUCGCGCGCGAAAUUGAGAAGACAGAAGACUGGGGAAAGUAUCCCGAAGUUGUCGAUCGCUUCCCCCCCGUCGCCUACAGCACCCUCAUCAAGCUGAUGGAUCGCUCCUACUUCCGCCGUCAGUGGGUCAUUCAAGAGGUUUGCCUCUCCGAGAGCGUCAGCAUCCAGGUCGCCAAGUACCUCCUCCCCUGGUCGGCCCUGGCCGCGUCGGCCGAGGGCGUUGCCAAGUUCGGCCGCGACCAACGCGCGUCGCUGCUCUUCCCGGGCUCGAACCGCAUAUUCGACCUGUUUGGCGUGCGCGCCAUGGAGUUCUGCCGCGAAAAGACGGAGAGCGGCGUGUUCGCCAACGACCUCAUCGACCUCCUGCGGACAUGCCGCGGCCGCGAGCUCAGCGACCCACGCGACAUGAUCUACUCCCUGCUUGGAAUCUGCGGGCCCAAGAGCAUGCCCGUCGACGUCGACUACCGCAAGCCCGUGCUCGUUCUGUUCCGCGAGGUUUCGGCGGCCACCAUCACGCGCUCCCUCGACCUCGACUUCCUCCGGCUUGCCGACCAUCUGAGUCGCGACGAGGACCUGCCGUCGUGGUCGCCCAACUGGACGCACAUCUGGGCCGGGUCCUGGCAGAUCCGGUCGCUCAAAUUCCAGGGAUGGCCGCCCAAGGAGGGUCGCGUGGUGCCCGGAUCCGACGACGUGGCCUUCUCCGAGGACCUGCGUCGGUUGACGGUCAAGAGCGUGCGCCGCUUCGUCGUGACCAUGGUCCAAGAGCCGAGCACGAUCCCCGAGGAGCCGACCAACUCCAUCAGCGACGCCGAGGUCUACGCCGCGCUGGCCACGAGCCUCAUCCAGACCGAGUAUCUCGUGACCUAUACCCCGCGGUCAGGCCAGACAAAGGCCGACCGGCGCAUCGAGUUUGUCGACUCGCUCUUUGAAGGCUUCACCGGGGGUCAGAGUGUGCUCUUCACCCGCGCGCAGUUCGGUUCGUGGUACGAACACGUCGUCACGAGGACGACGGACCAGCUGUCCGACGAGGAAAAGGCUAUCUGGUGCCAGUACGACGCCAAGCUCCUCAAGUGGCUGCACGAGGCCCAGUACUUCCUCACAGACGGCGGAGUCGUGGGCGUGGCCGAGCGAGUCACCCGCAUCCAGCCGGGGGACGCUGUCGUUUCUCUCAAGGGCGCCAGCGAGGACUCGCUAUUUGCCAUCAGGCAGCUGCCGCCCGCACAGCAGUCGGACCAUAUCCUGCUCAACGGGGUGUACAUUCACUUCACCCCGGAGGAGGCCGAGGCGCACAAGGCUUUUGUGGAUGACCUGAAUGCCGGGAUCCUGGACACACAAAAGAUAACAUUGGUUUGAGAGCGUUGUAAGAUUGUGUUGACUAUGCGAUUUUUCACUUUUCCCCCCUUAAGUAAGGGUGCCGGGAGGUGAGUUAUGGAUUAUAUAUCACCAACUCACAAACCAAGGUCGUGUCUGGCUCCUAGUUUUUUUUUUUUUGUCAACUUCUUCCGGCUAAUCAAGUAUACAAAGCAGGCGAUAGCGCAGCGUGUUUUGAUCAUUUCCUGGUCUAUUCCAUAGUUUCUUGUCUGUUUGUCUUUUUUUCGCGCUGGGUGGCUCCCAAUAGGAACCAUACCAUCACUUCAAUCUAGUCUAGACUUAGUCUACUCACAAGUCUAUCCAUGCCAGAACAGAAAGAAAGAAAGAAAAAAAAAAAAAAACAGCAAAAGUGCUAGCACGCACUUCAAGUUGCUUAGUACCCUGACCACGCCUAGGAGAAGAGGAAACCGCGCUAUCGCCUACUCUCAACAACAGUUUUCUUUCACGUUGAAGUGUGUGCUAUUGGGAAUUGGCGGCUUCGUCCGCAGCCUGUACGACAUGUGGGAUGAGAUCAUCAACAGCAUCGUCGACAAUGUUAGUAUUAUUGAAUUAUCCUAACUCGUCUUGGAACAGUAAUCAUAGUCGCACUACAGACCGACUUUAUACCGCAAAUGGGAGAUGCCGGAUUUAGGUCCCGCGAUUGCUAUCACCGGCAAUUUCCUUCCCCUAAGCACAUGAGUGUUAUGCGGUGAAGCCGGAUCCGUCUUUGCCGUGACUCGCUGAUCGCACUAGCCUCCGGCCUCUAAACCUGUAACUAAAUGUACAAAAUCGGGGUUGUCCCGAACCGCUGGAAUUCUUUAAAGAGGAAUGGAUAUAACGAUAGCCACAUAGGUACGUAGUAAUCCACAAUUUGUGACC